AUGGGCAUUUUCGAGAAAGGCUUCGAAAGACCUUCGCCGAUUCAAGAAGAGUCGAUUCCGAUCGCGUUAACUGGGAGAGAUAUUUUAGCGAGAGCGAAGAACGGGACGGGUAAAACCGCGGCGUUUACGAUUCCAAUUUUGGAAAAGACGGAUGCUACAAAGAAUAUCAUCCAAGCGGUUAUUUUGGUCCCUACGAGAGAAUUGGCGUUGCAAACCGCGCAGGUGUGCAAAGAACUCGGGAAGCACUUGGGGACGCAAGUCAUGGUGACGACGGGUGGUACCUCUUUGAAGGACGACAUUAUGCGUUUGCACCAAACGGUGCACGUCGUCGUGGCGACGCCGGGUCGUUUGGUCGAUUUGGCCGGGAAAGGCGUCGCGAAGUUAUCCAACGUCACGAUGUUGGCCAUGGAUGAAGCCGAUAAGUUGUUGGCGCCGGAGUUUGAACCAGUCAUCGCGCAAGUUAUUGAUUUCUGCGCGAAGAACCGACAAAUUUUGUUGUACUCGGCGACGUUUCCGGUUACAGUCAAAUCGUUCAAAGACAAGUGGCUCAGAAAGCCUUACGUCAUUAACUUGAUGGAAGAGUUGACCUUGAAAGGUAUCACGCAAUACUACGCCUUUGUGGAAGAGAGACAGAAAGUGCACUGCUUGAACACGUUGUUUUCGAAGUUACAAAUCAAUCAGUCGAUGAUUUUUUGCAACUCUGUGAACAGAGUUGAACUGCUCGCGAGGAAAAUUACCGAGCUUGGCUAUUCGUGCUUUUACAUCCACGCGAAAAUGCAACAAGGCGACCGGAACAAAGUCUUCCACGAUUUCAGAGCUGGAUCGUGCAGAAACUUGGUCUCCUCGGAUUUGUUCACGCGAGGUAUCGACAUUCAAUCCGUGAACGUCGUCAUCAACUUUGAUUUUCCGAAAUCUGGCGAGACGUAUUUGCACAGAGUCGGUAGAUCCGGGCGAUUCGGUCACUUGGGUAUCGCCGUGAACCUGGUGACAUACGAAGAUCGCUUCAACUUGUUCAGAAUUGAGCAAGAGUUAGGGACGGAGAUUCAACAAAUCCCGCAGAACAUCGAUCCUGCAAAGUAUUGUCGAUAA